GCGCUUGUGAAACCACGAAGCUUUCCCCACGCCGUAGCCCUAGCCUCCCACACAAGGGUGACCCACACAGCAACGCAACAGACACGGAGCCAGGGGAUUACGCCAUGGAGAUCGAUCAGUUACGUGGGACAGUUUUGUUCCCAAGUAUCUCCGAGUUAUGCACAUUUGUGUCCAGAAGUCCAUUUCAGAAAGCACGGGGAGGGGGGAUCUGUCACAGGACACAUCUUCCUGGCUAGCAGGGAGCACCGACGGCUCCCUCCUUCAUGAACGGGCCGGCCCCGGGCCGAGAAAUUCCCCGGAUGGUCCUGCCAAGCACAUACGCUGUAGAUCAGGCUAGAGACGUUCUCCCUGAACCAGCCCCUGCACUCACGUCUCACAGGGAGCACACGGCUUGAGGAGCUGCCAACUUUCAGUAGACCCCUGUCCCCACACCUGGCAGGGCUGAAUCCCAGGGCAGAGGGGCCUUGGGUGCAGUGAGUUUGUCGGGGCUCAGACCGGAGGGGCUCGGGAAGUAUCUCACUGGUUGGCACAAACUGUCUCCAGCCCUGGGAGGGCUGUGGUGCGGGGGCUCUCCCUAACAGCCAUGUGUUGUCUGCAAGCCAGGACGCUCAGUCUCUCUCCCCAGCUCUGGGAAGGGAGUGUGGUCUAGUGGUGAGAGCGGAGGCAUGGCGAAAUGGAGGGGAUCGCCAAGCUGGGUCUGCCACACAUCUCCAUCCAGUGGUGCAUCGUCUGGCCGGCUGUGCAGGGACCCAGCUACUGGACUGACUCAUGUUCUAUCCUUCCCCCCAGCCCAUGUGGUUGGCUGUGGUUGGAAACAGACACCUGAGCCCUGCAGUUAGAUGAGCGUGUGGGUGACUUUGCAGUUUCCUGCCCCCUUGAAUUCCCCACUGGCGGAGUCUAUAAAAGCCCUGCAGGUCUGCAGCAGAGGCACUGCCCAGCACUGACUGCAAACAUGCAAGUUCCCAUCUUGUUUCUGCUCCCCAUGGCCUUUCUGCUGCUGCCUGGGACUUCGGCUGGUGAGAUCAUCGGGGGGCAUGAAGCCGAGCCGCACUCCAGGCCCUACAUGGCCUUUCUGGAAAUACACCGGGGAGAGAAGAGUUUUCGCUGCGGUGGGUUCCUGGUGGCGGAGGACUUUGUGCUGACGGCCGCUCACUGCUGGGGAGAAGAGAUCACCGUCCUCCUGGGAGCCCACGACGUCAGUGAGGAAGAAGACAGCCAGCAAGUGAUCCCCGUGCGCCGGCAGAUCCCCCACCCAGAGUUCAACCAGAAGACCUUAAAAAAUGACAUCAUGCUGCUGCAGCUCACCAGGAGGGUGAAGCUGACCCAGGCGGUCGGUCUCCUCCAGCUGACGUCUGCUCGUCGCCGAAGGAGGCCGUAUCCCACCUGCAGCGUGGCUGGCUGGGGCCAGACUGGCUUGAACGUGAGAACCGACGUCCUUCAGGAGGCGGAUCUGGUGGUGGUCAAUGAUGCGUUCUGCCAGCACCGAUACCUUUACUACUUCCCCUCCAGCAUGCUGUGCGUCGGGGACCCUGAGCACGAUCAAUCCAUUUUUGUGGGCGAUUCCGGGGGCCCCCUCGUGUGUGGUGGCGUGGCCGAGGGCAUCGUCUCCAAGUGCAUCGGAAGCAAAAUCAGCCCCCCGACUGUGUUCACUCGGAUUUCCCACUUCCUGCCCUGGAUCAAAGCCAACCUGCCGGAGCAAUACAGAGUCGAUGGUCGGCCACCGGCUUCUGCAACGCCACCUGCUCCUGGAAACGCGGGGUCAGGCCUCCCUCUGCAUCUGGGCCCUCGACCCAUCAUCGGUUUGUGAUUGACAUGGUCCUCGUGGCCAGUGUGUUGAGGGCGCCCCCUGCUGGGGAAAGGCCCAUGGCACAGCACCAUCUCCCUGCGACAGCUCCCCCUGGAAUGAAUUGGAACUACUGCCCCCUGGAGGUCCCUCUAAGCCAGCCACUCCAUGGCGGAUGGGAACUGGCGCCCCCUAGCGCAGAUAGAGAAUGUACCAUGUUCCUUCCUGCUUGAUCCUGAAGAGUCUCUGUAACAUAGGGUCUGUCUACACUACAAAGUUAAUUCGAACUAACGGACGUUAGUUCGAAUUAACUUUGAU